CUCACCCAUGCCCCUCCCCACCCCACCCCCGGGUGCGGUCGCCGGCAGAGGGGCGGGGGCGCGGAGCCGGCUUUGUAGGCAGCGGGGCGGCCGUGUUCCAUUCCUCGCUGCGCUGUGCUGCGCUCCGCCCGGUCAUGGCCGCGUCCCGUCCGACUCAAGGCUGCGGCAGCGGAGCGCUGCUGGGCCGCUUCGGAGUGCUGCUACAGGCACUGCUGGCACUGUGCGCCUUCUGCACGCUGAUGUUAAAGCGAUUUAAGGAACCAAAAGAAGAGAGGCGUCCCUGGAGGAUAUGGUUUUAUGAUACCUCCAAGCAAGCAAUUGGUGCCCUCUUCAUCCACUUCGCCAACAUUUUUCUGUCUGAUCUCACUGAGGAGGACCCUUGCUCUCUCUACCUUAUUAAUUUCAUCCUUGAUGCCACGCUGGGGAUGCUGCUGAUUUGGCUUGGUGUGAAGGUGGUCUCCUGGGCUGUGCAGCGUCAGAAGUACACACAUCUUGUCUUUGGAGAAUAUGGUGACCCUCCACAAGCUGCUGCUUGGAUUGGCCAGUGUAUCCUCUACCUGCUGAUUAUGGCUGUGGAGAAGACCCUGAUUAGCCUUGUCCUGCUGAUCCCUGGUUGGACAAAGCUUCAGCAGAUCCUCCUGAGUUACAUCCCAAACCCCCAGUUGGAGCUCAUCCUGGUUAUGCUUGUUGUGCCAUUUAUUGUAAAUGCCGUUAUGUUCUGGGUUGUGGACAGCUUGAUCAUGAGGAAACACAAGCAGAAAGAUAUGUUGAACAUCAAUGGAUCCACAGAAACCCCACAAGCUAGGAGGAGUGAAGAAUCUCGGAUGAUAUGGCUGGAGGAUGUCCCAUCAGGAUGGUUCCGUCUGCAUCGAGCGAAUGCUCCGGGCCGGUGGCAGCCACUUAGCUCAGAACUGCCUCUUGAUAGCUUCAAGUCUGAGGUGCUGCUCUCUCCAGACAUGGAUUUUGACCAGUCUGAAAGUGACCAGGAUAUCUCAGGACUCCAGGGAACAAACCAGAAGAUGAAGCAGCCCAGCUACCACGUGGUCAUCUGAUAGCACUGAGACAAGGGAGGUGGAGGGAGGAAGCAGUACUGUGAUUCCUGAGCUGGCUGAGGAAGGAUGCAGAAUGCAGCUGAUCCCUAGGGAUCUGUGGAGCCCUGCCUCAUGUACGCCUCUCCUUUUGCAGUUAUCUCUUUAGGAUGGUGUCCGUGCAGCCUGUAUCUAAGCAGUAUCUGCUUUAUCUACCCAACCCUACCAUAGGCACAUUGCAGGCAUGUUGAGGUUAGGGUAAGGAUGUGUGCUUCCUCUGGCUGGCCAGCUGGGUGUAACUUUGUCAGAGCUAAAGACUGAAAUCAAAAAGUUCUCUUCUUUUUAUAGAAAAAUCCUAUACUGUCAGAACUGUAACACUUUUAUAUGCACAGAUACUCUACAGAACUGGUUUGUGAUUAUAUUAUUUGUGAUUAUAUAUUUAAAUGCCUUGAAUUGGGAAGAUUGUCUCAGUGGAUCUGAUGCGUUAUUAUUUUUCUUUUUUUACUAUUUUAUAAGGAAUGCAAUAAAUAUUUGACUUAAAACUGCUUCAUAUGUGAA